AGAAGCUGCUUCUCGGAGUUUUCAAUACGGCACCGUUUAGUUUACUUUUGAGUCUUUAGAUUUGAAUUCAAAAUCAGAUCAAAUUUCCCCCGCUGCUUAAGCCUGAAAGUUCAAGAACUGGGAAUCCGGCUAGAUCUUCUCUUUAAAGAUAAGAUGAACUCUAUAACUUCCCCGGUAAGCUGUGCCAUCGACGACAAAGAUCUAGACGACGCCGCUUUAUGGGCGGUAAUCGACUCUGCCGCCGCCUCCCACUCCUCCUCCUCCAAGCACCGCAAACCCUUAACAAUCAAAUACCCCAAUCAUCAAUCCCCGCCCACCCCCGUAUCGGACCCUUCUCCUCACCGGAAACUCCCGCAAAAAACGACUCAGAGUCCUAGCAAUCAAAUUUGUUCCCCUCCUAACUCCAAUCGCCGCCGCUUCGCUGACGCCGGGGAAGCCUAUCACCGGCCUUACAAAAUCAAGAGGUCUUGCGCUUCCGAAGUCAGCGAGACAAGCCCGAUGGCUAUAGUACAGAGGACACCUGUAACCUCAUUGCGUGAUCACCGGUCGUCGGAGAUGUAUUUGUCACCGGGUUUUGGAAGAGUUGACGUCGGUAAUGGAUCCGAGGUGUCGCCGAGGAGUUGUGGAAGGAGCGAGGAGAAGGAAGGGAUGAGGCAUAGCUUGUCCGGGGUGUUUCCUUCGGUUGAACUGUUUAAGGAGUAUCAAAAUGCAGCCAUGGCGAUUUUGGAGAAAUCUGAUUAUACGAUGAUCUCUGGAAAUCCUUUUAUUAAAAAGUCAGGUUGGAGGAAAAUAUCGUUUUACUUCAAUCUCUCAUAUGAAAUCAAAGACAAGAACAUUGAAUUCGAUGAAAAUCGCAAUGUUCAGCGAGCUGAAUUCGUGGUUCGAGCUUAUAUGCAAGGUGGGAGAUUCUCUGAUGGAUGGGGCUCGUGUGAGCGGAGGGAGAAGAGAUUUAUAAAACCAAACCAUGAUAUCCCUAGUACAGCAGAGACGAGAGCUAAGAACAAAGCAUGCCAGGAUCUGCUAGGAAUUGGGGAGUAUCGUCCUGGUGCAAGCCAAUGUCAGCGACAGAUAUAGCCAUAUUCAAUGAUCCCGUCAUUCCAUGGUCCAAUUAAAUUCUGGCAAUCACAAUUAUCACAUUUAGGGUUAAAUGCUUACUAUUUGAGGGUCAAGAACCACUGGCUGACCUAUUGAUAACUGUAUAAUUGCUGAAACGUCCAUCAAAGUUUGUUGUUUAAAAGAUA